UGCUCGGUUUUGCGGUCUGUUUUGAGGCAGGAAAAAAUUGGCAAAGAUCACUAGCACAGCCUGCUAACAUAUACUUGUGAUAGCAGGUUGCCAUUUAGUCACUUAGUGAGUUUAGUAGUAAGGAGAAGGACAUUUCUACCUUAGUGACCAACAUCUGGGUAUGUAGUCGGUCAGUGAACGUGUAUGAAUGUGGCUUUUGGUGCAGGCUGGGACGGCAGCUACAGGGAUUAGCUGUACGGGGAGCUCCUGCUAGCAGUGCAAUGCUGACAUACCUUCAGACGGCUUGCUAAUUAUCUCUUAAACGGGGGUUUUGGUGUGACUUAAAUCGGAAAAAUCGUCACCAUUCAUACGCGGACUGUGUUCCAAAGCCGAGACCGGUUUAAAUAGUCCGAUAGUGACGCGCUUGAGUUAGCUGGCUAGCCUGCAAGUACAAGGUUAGCUGCUUAAAACGAACCACCUGGACCCGAGAACCAUCGAGAGAGGGCUAUGUCUUCAGCAGCCACCACAGCCCCGUCAGUGGACAAGGUGGACGGCUUCUCCAGGAAGUCUGUCAGGAAAGCCAGGCAAAGGCGAGCACAGAGCUCGUCCCAGUUCAGAUCUCAGGACAAGCCCAUAGAGCUGGUGCAGCUACCUCUGCUGAAAGAUGUUUCUGCACAGGAGCAACCAGAGCUAUUCCUCAAGAAACUGCAGCAGUGCUGUUUUCUGUUUGACUUCAUGGACACACUGUCUGACCUCAAAAUGAAAGAGUAUAAACGGUCCACCCUUAACGAGCUGGUGGACUACGUCACCCUCAGCCGGGGGUACCUGACUGAGCAGACCUACCCCGAGGUGGUCAAAAUGGUGUCCUGCAAUAUUUUUCGGACUCUUCCGCCUAGUGAUAGUAAUGAGUUUGACCCAGAGGAGGACGAGCCCACGCUGGAGGCCUCAUGGCCACACUUACAGCUCGUGUAUGAGUUCUUCAUUCGCUUCUUGGAAAGUCAGGAAUUUCAGCCCAGCGUUGCCAAAAAAUACAUUGACCAGAAAUUUGUAUUACAGCUCUUGGAGCUGUUUGAUAGCGAGGACCCACGGGAGAGGGACUGCCUGAAGACAGUUCUGCACAGAAUCUAUGGCAAGUUCCUUGGCCUCAGGGCCUUCAUCCGCAAACAGAUAAACAACAUUUUUCUUUGUUUUGUAUAUGAGACGGAGCACUUCAAUGGCGUAGCUGAACUGCUGGAGAUUUUGGGAAGCAGCAUCAUCAAUGGCUUUGCGCUUCCUCUCAAAGCUGAGCACAAACAGUUCCUGGUGAAAGUGCUGCUGCCUCUGCACACAGUGAGGAGCUUGUCUCUCUUCCAUGCCCAGCUGGCCUAUUGUAUUGUACAGUUCCUAGAGAAAGAUCCCACGUUAACAGAACCUGUGAUCAGAGGCUUGUUGAAGUUUUGGCCAAAAACAUGCAGUCAAAAAGAGGUUAUGUUUCUUGGAGAGUUGGAGGAGAUUCUAGAUGUGAUUGAGCCCACUCAGUUUGUUAAGAUCCAAGAACUACUCUUUAAACAGAUUGCUAGAUGUGUAUCCAGCCCCCAUUUUCAGGUGGCAGAACGAGCUUUGUACUACUGGAACAAUGAGUAUAUCAUGAGUCUGAUUGAGGAGAACUCUAGUGUAAUCCUGCCUAUCAUGUUUGCCAGUCUCUACAGGAUCUCCAAAGAGCACUGGAACCCGGCGAUAUCAGCUUUGAUCUACAAUGUGCUCAAAGCAUUCAUGGAGAUGAACAGCGCCUUGUUUGACGAACUUGCCGCCAGCUACAAAUCAGACAGGCAAAGGGAAAGGAAGAAAGACAAGGAGCGAGAGGACCUAUGGAGGAAGCUGGAGGAUCUGGAGCUCAGACGGGGCGUCCAGAACAGCGACGGUGUCAUUCCCACCUAACACGGACCUCAUCUCUGCCCUUCUGUGUGGCCACAACCAAUCCCUUUCUACUCUGCCACAGGGACCCCGUCCCCCUAUUUGCUUCUCAUGCUGCGUACUUUACCGCACACUCCCUCAUUCAUUUCCUCCCUUUCAACAGCACUGUAAAUAAUCCUCUCCCUCUGUCCUGUAUCAUACUACUACACUGAAAGGAAGAAGAAAAAAAAACUGAAAAUUUGAAGAGACUUAAUAUGCACUCCUCGGUGUAAAAAAAUGGUAAAAUGAUAAUCAACUGUGGUCAAAGGAUAUAUUUAAAAAAAAAAAAAAAAAACCUUUCAGUUCAGAAAUUGUUCAGCGUCAAUAUGUUGUUCUUAAGGAAGUGCCCUGAGACUUAGGGAACUGUGCUCACCCUGCGAUUAAAGAUGUCUUGUGCGAGGAUCCCGUCAUCACCACAUAUCUUUUUUUUUCGUCCUUUAUGAAGAGAGACUUUUCCAUCUUGACAUAAUUUGACUCCCCUGACUCAGGGGACACAAACCAGAAACCCAUGACGUGAAUAUAAGGAAAACAGUGGAGAAAAAAAAAAACAUUAAACAUCCUCUCUGUGGUGUGCAUUUUUUUUCUUUUACAGGAUGAUCGGCCCGGUACUUUACUGUAAAAUAUGGACAUGUCCAUAACUUAAUGUGCGAGAUGGGCCGCAGUCAGCUACGGUUGUAUACUUCGCUCAAUAAAGAGGACAAACCUCUCUGAGGACCUUUAUUUUUUUAACUUGUGAACCAGGUUAUGAUCUGGUCAUAGUUUCAUGCUGUCUGCAGUGGAGACUCUUGGGAAUUUCAGUGUGGAAAUUCAGUAGUUACCAAGAGUACAUCAAGCUCAGUUUCUCCGACACUAGCAAGGACUCGUGGAAUUUCAGUGGCACACAGUGUUCAGAGCUCAUCCAGUGUUUUUAAAACCGUUAAGUGACAUUUUUCGUAAAGAACAUUCUAGACUGCUUCUCACGGGCCAACCAGAUUUCCACUGCUCUGCUCGAUUCGUUUUGAUUUCAGGGUGGAUGGAUGUCAGCUACAUGACUGAGCUGAGCAAGACAAGGUUUUUCUUUCUUUUCAUGGAGUGGUUGAAAUGAAAUCCUGCUUAUGUUGGGGUUUUAGGGCCUAUGUAGGUAAACGCUGAUCCGGUAGGUCAUAAUCUGUCUUCUGAAAUACCAGCCGCCAGGGCAGGCUAGGACUAAAAAGCACUUCGAGUUAUAGUUCAUUAGUUGUUCUCGUGGGACUUCAGCCCCUUUUCUUCUCUUCUUUUAUUUGAAUUCCCAACUAUCGUGGUUGUGGAUUUUACAUGUGAGGAGGAUGUAUUUUAUUAUUAUUAUUAUUAUUAUUAUUUUGGCUUAAUCACGUGUCUCUCUUUCUCUUUUCCUUGUUUUAACUCUCCCAAAGCUCGUUGUGUGUUUUAUGAUGGCCCAAGUUUGAUAUGUAAAAAACAAAACAAAAAAUUCAAAAGGAAGGGUUUGAUGAAUAGAAUAAAUCUAAUUAUUUUAAAAAAGAAAGAGAUAUUAAAUAAACCUGUUUUUUUUGUGAUAAACUGCUUGCUUGCUAUCUUUUUCUCUUUUUUAAAAUUGUUUUUGUAAGUUUCAGAGUAAUAGUUUUUGACUUCGAAGUGUUACAUUUGACAAGAAAUGGAAAAUUUAAGGGUCAAAAAGACGCAUGUAUCAGUUUGAUCUGAUUAACCCAUGAGGCUUAGUGUCUUUACAUCUAUUAUUAUUAGAGUAUACAAAAAUGUUUUUAUCUGAGAAAAUAGGAAGGCUUAAGUAAAAUUAGUAAGAGCAUUAAUGUGCAGUUUAAAUCCAGUAGGUGGCAGAAGGCUCACUCAGACCGCUCAGAUAAAACAGGAAUGAAUAUAUGACAGCAAUGAGAAGGACAUUUGUUUUUUUAACUAAUGAUACAAAAUAAGAUUUCACUCUGUGAAAAUGAAUUUGUCAUCUAUUUACAAAUAAUAUGGUGAAUAAAUAAGGAUAUGGUA